UGGCCUCACUGUAACGAUGCAAAGCCUUGAUGAAGUGGACCUCUGUUUCCCACAACUGAACGCCUCCUGCAGGAAGACGGCAUUGCCUCCGCUUGUGUCCAUGAUCACUUACAUCAUGCUAACGUUCAUUGGUCUGCUCACUGUGAUUCUCAACCUGCUCGUCAUUGUCUCCAUCUCUCACUUCAGGAAGCUCCACACCCCGACCAAUAUCCUUCUCCUUUCUCUGGGUAUCUCAGAUUUCUUUGUGGGCUUCCUCAUUUUCAUUCAAACCUCUGCGAUAGACGGUUGCUGGUUCCUUGGUGACUUCAUGUGUAUCCUGUAUUACGUGUUGAUGUACAUCACCACCUCUGCCUCGAUAGGAACCAUGAUUCUUAUAUCAGUUGAUCGCUAUGUGGCUAUUUGUGACCCAAUGCAUUACCGAACCAAAGUCUCUGAAAAAAGAGUUAAGAUGUGUGUCUGUGCUUGUUGGGGGGGUUCGACCCUCUGUCACUGUUUGCUGCUGAGGCACAACCUGAAACACCCAGGCAGCCUGAAUUCCUGCAUUGGAGAGUGUGUCAUUCUAAUCAGUAACAUCUCUUCAGUCAUAGACAUGACUGUGUCCUUUAUUGGUCCUGUCAUAGUCGUAGUCGUCCUGUAUCUCAGAGUCUUUGUGGCGGUCAUCGUUCAGGUCCGUGCCAUGCGAGUGCGCACGGCAGCCGGUCCUCAACAAAGCUUGGUCAAAGUAAAGAAAUCCGAAUUGAAAGCGGCGCGGACUCUCGGCGUUGUUAUUGUUGUGUUUUUAUUAUGCCUCUGCCCGUUUUUUUGCGGUACAGUGACAGGUGUGGAUACCCUGCUCAGUGCAUCCAGUAAUGCAUUUCUUUUACUUCUGAUCUACAUAAACUCCUGUUUAAACCCCCUGAUAUAUGCCUUUUUCUAUCCAUGGUUUAGAAAAUCUAUCAAACUAAUUUUUACACUUCAAAUACUGAAGCCUGGCUCAUCUGAUUUCAAAUGA